AUGUUCUGUCUGAUGAAUUUCAGUCUUUUCCUCUCAUGUGUGCUCCUCUUCAUCACACAGCCAGGUCACGGUUCUGAGAUCAUUCAAGGGAAAGAAGUUGAGCCGCACUCGCUGCCUUUCAUGGCUUAUUUAAGAAGUAAACUGUCUUGGUGUGGAGGAACAUUGAUCCAUCCACAGUGGGUGCUGACGGCUGCCCACUGCACUCGUAUGUAUAAGGCGGUCCUGGGAGCACACUCCAUCAGGGAAAAGGAGAAAGAUUCAAAGCAGAUCCGAGAGGUUGAGAAACGUUUUCCACAUCCCAACUACACCCGUGUAACCAAGGGCAACGACCUCAUGUUGCUGAAGCUUCAGGAACCAGUGACUCUGACCAGGACAGUCAAAUGGCUCAAGUUAGGCAAAACCAUCAGAGACCCGGCAGCUGGCAGCAGGUGUCUGGUGGCUGGAUGGGGACGAACCGAAACAAAACGAAAAUCAGACGUCCUCAUGUCUGUCAAUGUGACUGUGGUCGACAGACAGACGUGCAACUCUCGUGAUUAUUACAACCACAGACCUGAGAUCACCAGAGACAUGAUAUGUGCUGGUUCAGAUGGUACAAACGUCGCUGAUACCUGUCAAGGGGAUUCAGGAGGGCCGCUGCUGUGUGAUGGAGCGCUGGUUGGAGUCACGUCUUUUGGAGCAGGUUGUGGUGUCAUUAAAAAACCUGGAGUCUACUCGUUUGUCUCAAGGAAACAACUGAAGUGGAUCAAGAAGACAAUGAAAUCAUUCUAAAUGUCAUGAAACCACAGGCGUCAGUCUGCACGAGCAAGAUGAGAACCUUUGAUGGUUUAUGGUAAAUCUGUCAGUGCUGUGUCUGUAGACCAUUAUCCAUUUGAUCAUUUCAGUGUUUC